UCUCCAAUUUCCGAUUUUCAAGCAUCAAGUUCUGUCCCACAAAAAAAUGAAUAUUCCCAGAGCAAUCUUGUCCUUCUUCAUCCUCUUCUUCUUCUUGUCAUCCUCAUACUUUGCAAGCAGCUUAGAAAAUUGCAAGGAGGCGGAUAUUUGCGGCGUCGGCGAGCCGGUGAUUGAAUUCCCGUUUGGUAUACAAAAAAAGGGGUCAGAGUCAUGCUCGUAUCCCGGUUUUGAACUGUCCUGUGACAACACCAGCCAAACAAUCCUCACCCUUCCUUAUUCCGGACAGUUCACUCUCCAGGGUAUAGACUAUGCCGAACAAGAAAUAUGGAUUAACGAUCCAAACAAAUGCCUCGCACAACGAAUUUUGUCCCUCAAUCUGUCGGGCACUCCAUUUUAUGGUGUGACAAAUGAAAGUUUCACUUACUUUAAUUGCUCGUUGGAUUAUUUGAAAUACUCAUUAAACCCUAUUGCUUGCAUGAGUGGCUCUACGUACACUGUAUUUGCUACCACUUCUCCGAUGGUGAUUAAUUACUUGGCGUCCACUUCAACAUGCAAUCCAAUCGGUACGUUUGUUGUUCCGGUUGAAUUCCCGUUGUACGAGGAGUUGAUGUCGUCAGACCUGACUGGCAACCUCCGGCUCGCAUGGGACAGGCCAGGGUGCGGCAGUUGCGCCGCACGUGGUGGCCGGUGUGGGUUUAAGAGUAAUUCCAGUCACCAAGUUGUUUGCUCAAGACUUCCUCAACGAGGAAUCCCAAGGAGCGCACGCUAUGCUAUUACUGUUGGAGUUGGAGUGCCAGGACUCUUGUGCGUUUUGGGGGUUUUGUGUUGCGUCUUUGGCAAGGUCAAGUCUUUCACAAGGGGGCGCAGAACUCUGCCUGAGUUUAAUUCCGCAGUGGCUUCACAGCCCACCAUCGCCAGGGGCCUCGAUAAACCAAGGCUCGAGGCCUACCCGAAAAUAGUCCUCGGCGAAAGCCGGCGCUUACCGAAGCCCGAUGACAGCACGUGCCCGAUAUGCUUGUCCGAGUACCAGCCCAAGGAGACAUUGAAGACCAUCCCCAAAUGUCAACAUUGCUUCCAUGCAGAUUGCAUUGAUGAAUGGCUUCAAAUGAACGCUACUUGCCCUAUUUGUCGGAAUUCUCCACCGUGAUAUAGUUCAUACGUGACGUUUUAAUGCAUGAGCCAUCACAUUUUUCUGGAAAAUC